AUGGUAUAUUUUGAUUAUCCGGCAAAGCUUCCGGAGUCCUAUGUUGGAUUUUGGGGGCCUGUCACCGCCACGAUUGACUGGUGUGAGGAAAACUACAUUUUCACACCGUAUAUUGCCGAAGUGGUAAAUAGCUUCACCAAUUUCAUCUUUGUGGCCCUGGCAAUGGGCCAUCUGUGGAGUACAUACAAGAACAACUUUGGCAGUCUUUACGUUUUUAUUUCCAUCGGUUUUGCAUCAGUCGGAAUCGGCUCAUUCCUGUUCCACAUGACCCUGCGUUACGAGUACCAGCUGAUGGAUGAGCUACCCAUGGUCUAUGUCACGGCACUCCCGUUCGGCUACAUUUUCAGUUGGAACCAGCCCCGCCCCGUACAAUAUGCCUGGAGAGUUGGUACCUUUGCUGCGACUGCGCUGUUCACUUACAUUUAUAUAUAUGUGCAGAGGGAUCCAGCCUUUCAUCAAGUGUUUUACGCUAUACUCAAUUUUGGGGUGAUCUACAAAACGAUCAGGACUAUCCAAUUGAAGGUCACAGAUCCAAAUGCAAGAAAGACUAUGUAUAAGAUGCUUGUAUUGGCAGUGUCUUUAUUUGUUUUUGGCUUCUUCAUUUGGAACCUGGACUUCUUGCUAUGUCCUAAUCUUAUAGACUGGCGUCGUAAUAUUCUCGGCAUUCCAUUGGGUGUUCUGACCGAGGGCCAUGGAUGGUGGCACAUUUUCACCGGUCUGGGAGUCUAUUACUUUAUUAUUUACAACCAGUUGUUACACACGUGGAUGACCGAUCAGCAAGACAAAUACAAGCUUGUGUGGCAUGGAAUAUUUGCCGAGGUACAACUCCAAAAGCCAAAAAAUGAGUAAUGUGACAGUUAUAGAGUCUAGCAUAAUUCGCAUUCUCCCACUUUAGCACAGAUGUAUCGGUAAUUGUUGUCGAGCAAAUGCAGCCUAGGGUCGUGUUCGAGGUGAGGCUGUUGGUGAAGCGUGUCUACGGCUGUUUUGAUUUCUUCCAUUGUAGCAGAAAACCACGGUAGCUGGGUGAUUGAGCUGUCUCUAGAUAUCAGAAUGCCUAAAGUUUUGACUUUUUCCAGUAAAUGCACUAGAUCAAGCUGGCGCUCCAUUACGCGGCCGGCGGCAAAACCGUCAAAUGCCAGGUUUGCCAAUGUUGUGUCGUUCCUAUGCUCUAUAAUUUUGUACACGAUUUUCUGAAGCUCGGAAUUGAUGUCGUGGUCGCGAUAAUUGUAAGACUUCCAUCUCACGAUAUGCUCUUCCAAACUCGCCGCUUCAUCCUCACUAAGCUUAUAUGAGUAUUUCCAAUGGAAAAUAAGGUUCAGUUUUAGUACAUUUUUGUGCUCUUUCUCGCAAAGUCGCUUCUCAAAAAGAGUAUCAACCAAAAACAGCAUUUUUAGGUAUGAUUUCUUGGGAAACUGUUCUCUGAAUUCUCUAUUUCCCACAAGCUUGUUUAGUAGGUAAACAGCCUGAAGAUACUCCAUCUUGCUAGAUGCGGCAAAGCUGGCCAGAAUAUCAACCAAUUUCUCGACGCUUUUGAUUUUCGCAGCUACCGCGGCUUGUUGUUCCGGAGACAUUAUAUGAUUUCCCAAAAUUAUCAUCCCCAAUGCCUGAAGUGCCAUAUUAUCGGUAUCGAUGAGUUGAAGGUACUUCUCUAGAUCGUUAUUUGCGUUGGACGGAUUCGCAGAAAUAUUCAUCACGCUUUCGAACAGUCGCCGAUCGUCGUCUUCUGCCACCCGCUGAAUCAUGUCGUGCAUCAGCUGUGUGUCAGUUUGUAGAUCCAUGUCGUUUUUGCUCAUAUGCAGCAUCAGAUUACGGUGGUCGAUGUUCAUAAGUGCUCUAAAAAGCUCGCAAGAUGUGCUUUGGUUCGUCAGUUCCUCCAAUACGCUGUUCCAAACGUCUUUCCAAUCAUCAGGAACACUCUGACGGGCCACUUUCAAAGCGCUUCCGUUAGCAUUGAGAAACGUCGAUGCCUCUGGAAAGUCCAAAAGCAAAUUAUUCAGAAAAUGCAAAAUAAAGAAACUGUGUUUCGAUCCAUCGAGAUGGUCUCGUGUGAAUGUAAAAAACUGCUCUGCUUUUGCCUGGUGCAAAACUAGUUGUCUGUUAGCCAUCGAGUCGGCAACGAAGUUUGCCAAUAAUCUGUAUAUAUCAUCCAACGGAGCCACCUCUUGCUUCAAAAUUGUAUACUCCAUAAUGUUGGGAACCAGCGCUCUCAGGGCCCCGCUAGCCCUGUUAGUCUCAUCCCUGAGAUAGGUACCGAUUUGGAAAAACAGAGACGACGAAUCGUCCUCUCCAGAUUUCAGAAGUGUGCGCAAC